CUAUUUUCAGCCCUAGGUACUUACGGCAUCAGGUCGGAUAGUGUGAGAAAAUUAUCGUGAAAAACGUUUAAACGUAAAUAAUACGCGAGUUUAAAUAUCACACACGUGCAAGAAAUAUAUUUUUUAAUGUCGUAAAUGUUUUGUUUUUGUUUAAAUGUUUGUAUUAAACUCUACAAUGCAGGAUUUAUGGCGUUGUAACCAGCUGAUGGCGGGUGAAAAUACUAGACAGUUCGUUGGUUUACCAGUAUAGUGCAAGUGAGCAAUUGAUUUGUGUCUACGAGCUGAUAUUUACAAUUUUAAAUCGUUCGUUUUAUUGGUAUUUUUCGUCCGCUACAAAUUUUUGACAAAACGGAAAGUUGAGAAUUACCGGGCUGAGUGUUUUGGGCGUUUACGACUUAACUAAAAGACUCAAGAGGCACACCUUGAAGACGACGAUUUUAGGAAUCCGAAUAACAAUGUCAUUUAUGAAAUUUUACAUUAUCGUGCUUUGACAAAGGUUAUUGUAAUUUCGAAAGGCAGGUCGGGAAAUGUACAGAAGUGGUCGGCAAUCGAGUGCGAUUACAGUGUAAAUAAUAAUAGUGAUUGUGGUAAAUUUUUUAAAAACCAUGUCGACGACUGCGUUCGUCGAUAGAAUUGACCCCUUCGCAAAACGCUCCCUUAAGAAAAAGACUAAGAAGUCGCAGGGAAGCUCUAGGUAUCGUAAUUCUCAAGAUGUAGAACUGCAGCAGUUACCUCUUUUAAAAGAUGUUCCGGCGGCAGAGCAAGAAGAACUUUUUAUUAGGAAAUUGCGACAGUGUUGUGUACCAUUUGAUUUUAUGGAUCCUGUCGCUGAUCUCAAGGGCAAAGAGGUGAAAAGGUGCACCCUGAAUGAGCUUGUAGAUUAUAUCACAGGCGGUCGAGGAGUUCUAACCGAACCUGUAUAUCCGGAAAUUAUUAAAAUGAUAUCGGCGAAUCUUUUUCGCACGUUGCCACCAAGUGAGAAUCCUGAUUUUGAUCCAGAAGAAGACGAUCCAACGCUGGAAGCGAGCUGGCCGCACCUGCAGCUCGUCUACGAGUUCUUUCUGCGCUUCCUGGAGAGCUCCGACUUCCAGCCAACCAUCGGCAAACGGGUGAUUGACCAGAAGUUCGUCCUGCAGCUGCUGGAGCUGUUCGAUUCUGAGGAUCCACGCGAACGCGAUUUCCUCAAGACCGUACUGCAUCGUAUCUACGGGAAAUUUCUGGGCCUUCGGGCUUUUAUACGAAAACAAAUUAAUAAUAUAUUUCUUAGGUUUAUAUACGAGACUGAACACUUCAACGGCGUUGGGGAGCUGCUCGAGAUCCUUGGCUCGAUAAUAAACGGCUUCGCGUUGCCGUUGAAGGCGGAACACAAGCAGUUCCUGGUGAAGGUGCUCAUCCCCCUGCACAAGGUUAAGUGCCUGUCGCUGUACCACGCGCAGCUAGCCUAUUGCGUGGUCCAGUUCUUGGAGAAGGACCCGACGCUGACCGAACCGGUGGUUAAAGGUCUACUCAAGUUCUGGCCGAAAACGUGCAGCCAAAAGGAAGUGAUGUUUUUGGGCGAGAUCGAGGAGGUGCUGGACGUUAUAGAACCGUCGCAAUUCACGCGAAUCCAAGAACCGCUCUUUCGGCAAAUCGCCAGGUGUGUCUCCAGUCCGCACUUUCAGGUGGCUGAACGGGCUUUGUAUUUUUGGAACAACGAGUACAUCAUGUCAUUGAUGGAAGAGAACAAUCACAUGAUUAUGCCGAUCAUGUUCCCGGCCCUGUAUCGUAUUUCGAAAGAACACUGGAACCAAACCAUAGUCGCACUAGUCUAUAAUGUGCUUAAGACGUUCAUGGAAAUGAACUCGAAAUUAUUUGAUGAAUUGACAGCCAGCUAUAAGGCUGAAAGGCAAAAGGAGAAAAAGCGAGAAAAGGAAAGGGAUGAGCUCUGGAAGAAGCUUGCCGAACUAGAAAUAAAUCAUAACAAAAAGGCCAUCGCUAAUAGUCCUGCUAACAGUAAAAAGUGAUACCGCUUAGCUUCUACUACCUUACCCAUUCAUGGCUCUUUGUUGCUAUGAAGGAAGAGGACAUUGGUUGGUAAACGUGUGCUAUAACUUAGCUGGUCUACUGUAAAUAGUUAAGGUGGUUACUGUUAGUGUUCAGACAUCAUGAUGGUUCGCCGCUGCCGCUACCACAUCCUCGUUCCCCUCCUCACACUCACUCGCUCAUUCACUCGUUUUCGUCUCCCCGUUCCUUUAAUUCGUUUCUCACUUUUUUUCUGUGCUCCCCUUUCGCUAUCCCGUCUCGCUCAUAUAAAUCGAUCACUCGCUAAGACAGUGUUUACACGACAUCGGUUAGCUGGCAAAUAUAUUAAUAAUAAUAAUAAUUAUUACAUUCUCACGCGCUUUUUGACAACAUAUAAUUUUAUAAAAAAUAAUAAAAAAGGAAUCCAUUGGUAACUCUUUAACACGACCUUUGUUUUAUUUUAUUAUUACAUACAAAUAAAUAAUUUUUCUGUUGAA